AUGGCCGAAGUCAAGGACGCCAACGACAAGCCGGAGAAGCUCGAAGUCCAGAUCAAGUCUGUCGACAUGAGCGACGAGAUGCAACAGGAAGCUAUUGAAGUUGCUCAAGAAGCCAUGGACAAGUUCAACAUCGAAAAGGUUCGCUUUGAAGUCCAGGGAGCCGAACAUGAGUCGCUGAAAUUCCUCCAGGAGAUUGCCCACCACAUCAAGAAGGAGUUCGACGUCCGCAAAGGUGCGACAUGGCACUGCAUAGUAGGACGCAACUUCGGCAGCUUCGUCACACACGAAACGAAACACUUCAUCUACUUCUAUCUUGGUCACUGUGCCAUCCUACUGUUCAAGACGCAAUGA